CACUCCCUCUCUUCUUCUCGCCUUGCGCUCCGUCACUUCGAGCAGAAGCACACACACAAAAACCAGGAAGCACCACUUCAUCCACUCCUUACUUCUACCUCUACACUCUCAGUGGCAUUAUUCUUCUAAACACAUUUCCCUGACUUUUCCUUUUUUUCACUAUGAUACAUUCAUCAGUUUUGCAUCUGUUGUCUAAGCCGCCAUUUCUUCUGGGGCUGUUUUACAAGAGAAGGCUGAUUCCUGCUGGUUCUUGCUAACGUUUUCAGAGACAUUGCUUGUUCAGUUAUUGUUAGCAAAGACUUUGGGUUUAAACUUUUUAUUAUACUUUUGUAUAACACUUUUUUUCACUCAGUUAGUUCUCAACACAGAGUCUUCUUGCUUUCCUUCAUUCUACCUCCUGUGCUUGCUCAGCAACACCAGUUAUUGACUUUAUUUUACUUUAAUAUUGUCUCAGGUGUUUUUCCUGUUUUCUUUAUGGGCACAAACUGAGAACAACAACAUUUUUCUUCAGGUUUUAUUUACGUCUGUUUUUUUAUUUUGCUCAAAUUUGAACCAACCCUAGCGAGGGAAAAGCCCAAGGCAUUGCUCCAACAACAUGUGGUCUACCUUUAUGGUGACCGAUGAGGAGGGCCGCACAGUGGGUCCGGCGGCGUCAGGAGGAGCGAUGAUUGCACCGGGGGGAGCACCGCAGGGGCCCGCCGCUCUAACCGGCAUGAUGACUGGACGCAGUACAUUCGGCGGGAACAAACGCCGCAGGAAAACAUCAACAGGACACGCCAUGAGUGAAGCCCAGGAGGGGAAGAUCAAGUUGGCUUUCUUCGUGGCAAUUGUAGGCGUUGUGCUGACUGUCCUUGGGGUGGGGACAGAGUUCUGGGUGGAGCUGUCACCGUCAAAGAGUUUCUAUAACAACCAGACAUGUCUGACAGCUCACUAUGGCCUGUGGAAGGGCUGCACAAAGUCUUUGUGGGUGUCCGAAAUCGACCCAAAUAGAGAGAGCUGCGGACCUGCUGAACUACCCGGAGCAUCUAACUGCACCUACUUCAAGUUCUUCACCACGGGGGAAAAUGCUGUGCUGUUUCAAAAGACAACAAGGAAAAAUCUGAACGUAGCGGCAGCCAUGUUGGCCCUGUUCAGCCUGUUCCUGAUGGUGAUGGGGGCCAUAUGCAUCACCAUGGCUCUCAGUAAAGAAUUAAUUUUCUUCCUCAAACCAGCGUCUGUCUGCUUUAUUAUGUCAGGUGUCCUGGUGCUUCUCUCUCUGAUUGUUUUCCACCAGUCUGUCCUUGCCUUCCUGGCCAGCGACCACACGGUCCCUCUGCAGCACAACCUCUCCUGGUCAGUGUCGUGUGUCGGCUGUGCCGGGGCCGUGCUAAUCGUGGGUGGGAUCCUCUUCCUGCUUCUGGCGCUGCCCUACAGCCCCUGGCAGAGGUGUCUCCCUCAGAAGAACAGCAGCAGCUAGUGGCCUGGAGGUGGUGUUGCACUUUAUCUGCCCUUUCUGUUUGUACAACACAGUCUC